AUGGGCAAGCUGCUCGUCUGCGUCGGACUGGCUCUCCUGCUGCACAUGCAGCUUGGAUCAUCCUACAUCCUCUCCUGUUACUUCACUAACUGGGCACAGUACCGUCCUGGAGCAGGCAAGUUUUUGCCCACCAACAUUGACCCAUGUCUCUGUGACCACCUCAUCUAUGCCUUUGCUGGAAUGAACAACAACAUGAUCACAACCACCGAGUGGAAUGAUGUGACACUCUACGGACAGUUCCAGGCCCUGAAGAACCAGAACAGCAACCUGAAGACUCUGUUGGCUAUCGGAGGAUGGACCUUUGGUACUCAGAAGUUCACAACUAUGGUGUCCUCUGCUGCCAAUCGUCAGACCUUCAUCAACAGUGCGAUCACGUUCCUGCGUCAGUACCAGUUUGAUGGUCUAGAUAUCGACUGGGAGUACCCCGGCUCCCGUGGCUCCCCAGCUGAGGAUAAGCAGCUCUUUACUGUACUGGUUCAGGAGCUGAUGAGUGCCUUUGAGGAGGAGGGCAAGAAUACCAACCGUCCCCGUCUGAUGCUGACUGCUGCUGUCUCUGCUGGAAAGGCAACCAUCGACUCUGCAUACCAGAUUGCCCAGCUUGGAGCUGUGCUGGACUACUUCCACGUCAUGAGCUAUGACUUCCACACUUCAGGGGAGGCCAGUGUCGGAGAGAACAGCCCCCUGUACAAGGGCCCUGCCGACCAGGGCUCCAUGAUCUACUUCAAUGUGGACUAUGCUAUGAACUACUGGAAGAGCAACGGUGCCCCUGGUGGGAAGCUUCUGGUAGGUUUCCCCACCUAUGGCCACUCCUUCCUGCUGGCCUCCUCUAACACAGCUGUGGGAGCUCCUGCCAAGGGACCCGGAGCUGCCGGACCUUUCACUCGUCAGGCUGGCUUGCUGGCCUACUACGAGAUCUGCACUUUCCUGAACCAAGCAGCCACCCAGGCUUGGGACAGUCCCCAGGAUGUGCCAUAUGCCUGCAAUCAGGGAACCUGGAUUGGAUAUGACAAUGUUAAGAGCUUCCAAAUUAAGACUCAGUGGUUGCAGCAGAACAGCUAUGGUGGAGCCAUGGUGUGGAGUUUGGAUAUGGACGACUUCAGUGGCGCUUUCUGUGGCCAGGGAAAAUACCCCCUGAUCAACGCCAUCAAGAGUGGACUGGGAACUGGAGCUUCCUGCAGUGCUGGUCCUGGCACCCUGUCUCCAGUCACACCAACCCAGCCGGCUCAGCCGCAGCCUGGUGGCAGCAGCGGCAGCAGUGGUGGUAGCGGCGGCGGCGGCAGCAGCACGGGAUCCGGCUUCUGUGCUGGCAAGUCUAACAGACUCUACCCUGACCCAGCCAACAAGAGCUACUUCUAUUAUUGCUACCAGGGAAAUACAUACGUCCAGCACUGCAGCGUCGGCCUGGUGUUCGAUGACAGCUGCAAGUGCUGCAAUUGGACUUAA